AUGGAACCCUAUCCGUUCAAGUUCGACACCGAAGAAACAAUCCAUCCAGCCCAAUCCGACCAGUCCGAUGUUACACUACACUUGAAGAAUGUUCGCGGGCGUAUACCAUCUCCGCAGGCGUGUCGCUUGCGAAGUCUAUGGUUAGAGGCACACAAAGACCCAGCAAAAAUACUAGCCUUCCCUUGCUCAUAUGACGGACUGUCAUCUCGACUAAUUGAAGAAGCUGGCUUUCCGAUGAUCUUCAUAUCCGGAUUCGCCGUGUCUAGUGCCCAUGGACUUCCGGAUACUGGAUAUAUCGCGAUGCAGGAAAUGUGUGAUAAGAUUCAGGAAAUUGCUAGGCAAGUCUCUAUCCCGAUUUUGGCGGACGGUGACACCGGAUAUGGCAGCCCGAUGAAUGUUAGACGAACUGUAGAAUCGUUUGCGAAAGCUGGUGCAGCGGGAGUUAUGAUUGAGGAUCAAACAUGGCCGAAGCGCUGUGGUCACACCAAAGGUAAAUCCGUUGUUUCUCGAGAGGAAGCCUAUGCAAGAAUUCGAGCUGCCUGCGACGCCCGCAAUCACGGUCAGGAUAUAUUCAUUCUAGCACGCACCGAUGCCCUAGUUGUCGGCUGGGACGAAGCCAUCACUCGCGCCAAAGAGUUCAAGCGCAUAGGCGCAGAUGCGAUCUUUGUCGAAGCACUUCCAGAUCGAGCAGCAAUGAGAGAGUCUAUAGCGGAGAUUGACAUGCCUAUGCUAGCGAAUAUCAUUGAAGGAGGCAAAACGGAGAAUUUGUCUGCCAAGGAACUCUCCGAAUUGGGGUUUGCGGCCGCGGCGUACCCGUGGACGCUAGUGGCGGCCAAGUUGAAGAGUAUUCGUGAUGCUCUGGAAAGUCUCAAAAGGAGUUUCAUGGUAGGACCACCAGAUAUGAUUCUGUCAUACGAUGAGGUUGUCAAGGGCGUUGGGUUUGAGGAGUAUUGGGAACUAGAAGAGAGGUAUAAACAUUGA